CUUCCUUUCAGCGCAUUCAGUCUCUCUCCCUUCUCAGUACGUUCCUGAGAGGUGCUCGCCGAGCAGGGGAAAUGAAGUCACUGCUGUCGGCUGUCUUGGUGCUAACCCUUUUUGAUCUAAGAGCAGCAGAUGACAGAAAGCAUUCUUCCUGCAGCAGCCCCCUCGGGGACUCGGACCCAGUCUCGGAGACGGCCUUCUCUGCUACGUCCCCCCACUUCAACGCUGAAGAAGCCUAUUCUGCCCAUAUGCCUGAGCACCUUCGCUGCGAUGCCUGCAGAGUGAUAGCCUUCCAGAUGCAGGAAUACCUGACAAAAGCAGAAUCCAAACGGCCGUCUGCUAAAGCGCCGGCCGCUCGCCUGAGCGAGUCCGAAUACGUGGACACACUGGAGAACAGCUGCUCGCAGAGCUGGGAAAACUAUGGAGUGCAAGAAGUGGGGGGAGUGAAACGCUUUGCAGGGCCUGGCCUGAAGAGCCAGGAGACCGUGAGUGUGAUGAUGGCGGGUGGACCGUGGCCAGCAAGAUUAUAUAAACUGUGCCACAGCUACCUGGGGGAAUUUGGGGAAGAGCAGAUCUACGAGGAGUACCGACACAGGCCGGCUGCCUUGGCAGAGUUCCUGUGCUUCGAAGAGCAGAGAGCCUGUACAAGACUUAGCGACACCAAGAGCAAAAGCCAAAACAAAGCGAAGGCUCUGCAGAGUGAGCUGUAGUUCUGCUCCUGCUCAGCCAAGAUUGGCAAAUAGGUCUAAGCUGACGAGCGUGUGCAGUCAGCCUGGCCUGCAGAUUGGCCAUCAAAGGAGACCAAAGUGAAGUUUCUGGGCUUCCCCCCAAAAAACAAAUGUUUCCAGGCUCUUUUACAUCGUUGUUAUUGCUGAAAAAAGAUCAAUCCCCAUAUCCCCGCAGGGCUGACAGGCAACCCAAUAAUAAGAAAACAACGUGUACAUCCGAGCAACCCAAUAAUAACAAACCAACGUGUACAUCCGGGCAACUCUAUCAUAACAAACCAAAAUAUACAAUCAGGCAACGAAAUAAUAACAAACCAAUAUGUAAAUCCAGGCAACCCUAUCAUAACAAAACGGUAUGUACAGUCAGGCAGCUUUAUAAGAAUAAAAUGAUAUUCUUAGCCCAGCAAUUAUUUAUGGACAACCCUAAAAUAAACCAACACACAUACAUAAUUACAUACCAUAUAUCAAUCCAAUGCCAGAAACACAUGGUGGCAGAUCCUCGGUGUAAAUUAUCAUAGCUUCAGCAAAGUCUGUUGGAGCUGGGCUGUAGUCAAUGGCACUCUGACAAUUUCCACCUGCUGAGGAUCUGCCCACUAGAUCUAAUAUAAGCUCAGUGUAUUGAAAUAGUUACAUCCAGUCUGAUUUUUAGAAGCCCCGACUCCUCACAGGUCCCUUUGACUUCCCUUCCCACAUUGAGUCAUGGGGCAUAUGUAGGUUUGUUGUUGAAUUCCUCAGGUUCCUAGCUGUACAGUCUAUAAAUAAUGCAUUUUACUAACUAUAUGAGUAUAAAUCAAUGGCCCAUCAUUUCCCAUUGUAUCUCACAUCUUUAAGUCAUUCUCAGAAGGUCAUUUAA